CAAGAGGGAAGAAGUGAGGAGCAGGGGAGGGGGCGCGGCCCAGAAGGUGACUUAACCCGGCUUUCAGUACUAAGUAGUUAAUUUGGGGGUUAGGAUGGAAUUAAGAGGCAGAGUCAGAGACAAGGCCAGGAGUGAGAAAAUGGAAAGGUUCGAGUGGAUGAGCAGCACCUUGAAGAGAGAGCAAUCGGACGGAGCCUGGGGAGAGGACCCAGUGGCGAGGAAUUGGGAAAAUGCUGUUUAUCAAUUUUGGAGCUGGAGGCUGGACCACGAAGGUGGGCGGAGCCCGGUUUGGACCUGAAGGACAGUUUCUAGAGCUGAGAACAGUUUCUAAAGCCUAUUCCUCUAUAACAUCACUAUAACAGCUUCUAUAACAGGAAUUACUUUCCUGUGCUGUACGUUGGUGAUGUACUAACUACGGCAAGUAGUAUGUGAUAUGUAAGAGUUUGCUACUAUUAACACUUUUUCCUAACCCAGUUCCCAAACUCAACGUGCAAGUUGCAGCAGACAGAAAACCCAGGAGUGACCCGACUUGAGUGCAGGUCAAGGGGCAGGAAAGAGAUUCACUUGGUUUAAAUUUUCACAGCGGAGGGAUUAACUGGGGGUGCGGGAGGCAGCUGCUGAGGGUGGAGUCUUCUCAAUCCCCGGAGGAGGAUGGCGGCUCUGUGUCGGCUGCUAGAGUGUCUUCUCUGGCCCGCUCGAAAGGAAGUACAGGCUGAGAAGGAGGAGGAGGCGGAGCAUGGAGUCCCCGACGGGCCUCAGUCUCUCCUGGCUGCGCCGCGAUGCAUUCAGAGGCCACACGGGGGUAGCGCAGCCUCGUGGGGCCUGCGCUUUGGGGCCAGCGCAGCGCAAGGCUGGCGCGCGCGCAUGGAGGACGCGCACUGCGCUUGGCUGGCGUUACCCGGGCUGCCCCCGGGCUGGGCUUUCUUUGCUGUCCUCGACGGCCACGCUGGAGCGCGAGCCGCCCACUUUGGCGCGCGCUACCUGCCUGGCCACGUGGUUGAGGAACUGGGCCCGGCGCCCUGCGAGCCCGAGGGGGUCCGCGGGGCGCUGCGCCGUGCUUUCCUGAACGCCGACGAGCGCCUGCGCGCAUUGUGGCCCCGUGGCGAACCUGGUGGCUCCACCGCAGUGGCGUUGCUCGUCUCCCCAAGCUUUCUGUAUCUGGCUCACUGUGGUGACUCCCGCGCGGUGCUGAGUCGCGACGGCGCCGUGGCCUUUAGCACCGAGGACCACCGGCCUCUCCGGCCGCGGGAACGCGAACGCAUCUACGACGCGGGUGGCACCAUCCGCCUGCGGCGUGUCGAAGGCUCUUUGGCAGUGUCGCGAGCCCUGGGCGACUUUGCCUACAAGCAGGCUCCAGGGAGGCCCCCUGAGCUGCAGCUGGUUUCCGCGGAGCCUGAGGUGGCUGCGCUAGCUCGCCGGGGAGAGGACGAGUUCAUCCUCCUGGCCUCGGAUGGCGUGUGGGACACGAUGUCUGCAGCUGCACUGGUGGGACUGGUGGCAUCGCGCCUCCGUCUAGGCCUGGCCCCGGAGCUUCUCUGCGCGCAGUUGUUGGACACGUGCCUUUGCAAGGGCAGCCUGGAUAACAUGACCUGCAUCGUGGUCUGCUUCCCAGGGGCCCCCGGGCCUUGUGAGGAGGCCAUCAAGAGGGAGCUAGCACUGGAUGCAGCCCUGGGCCACAGAGUUGCUGAGCUGUGUGCAUCUGCUCAGGAGCCCCUCAGCCUAAACUCGGUCUUCAGGACUCUGGCCUCUGAGGACAUCCCUGAUUUACCUCCUGGGGGAGGCCUGCACUGCAAGGCCACUGUCAUUGCUGAAGCUUAUUCUCGGCUCCACCAGAUCUCAGAAGAGUGUUGGGAGAAGGUGGAGGGUGGAGCCCAGGAACCCAGAGUUCUUAUUUGAACUCUGCCUUGAACUUGGAAGCCUGACAACUGUUCUUUGGGAACCUGGACUGGCUGCUGAACUGGGGACAAACAAGAAAACUACCCCUUCCUAGCAACAUGGACCAGCAAAAGGAAGACAAGCCAAUGGAGGAACCCCGGAAUAUUUCUUUCCCUUUCUCCUACUUCCCCCUCACAGAACAGACUCAUGAGAGGGCAAAUUCCACUACUAUACAGGCAAAAUGAAACAACAACAACAAAACAACAAAAACAUCCUAAAAUUUUUUUUUUUUAAAAUUUGAAGUAGGGCCGGAGGUUUAGCUUAGCUGCUUAAGUACCUGCUUGGCAAACUCAAAGCAGUGAGUUUGAUCCCAGGUACAAAACAAAACAAAAAAAGAAAUUGACCUGAACAGAUUGUAAAAGAUUGCUCAGUUCAACAGCCUUCUCUUUCCUUCCUAUUUGUCAUGUUUUUUGAACAGCAGUAGGAGAGAGUUUGAAGUUUUAGAUUUUAAUUAUUUAAGUAACUCCUAAUAUGUUGUUACUAAAAACAAGUUAUUGGCCCUUGCAGGAAUUAUGUAAGGGGGAACGUCAGGUGUUAUUUACAAGUAUGAGCCUGGCCAAUUUACUGAGAUCAUUCCGGACAGUAACAAGUAUUAUGAGAAAAAUAGGAUAUCUUUUAAAAAUGACUAUGUUGCCAGGUGUGGUAGCUCAAGCCUAUAAUCCUAGCACAAAGUGAGCUCAAGGCCAGCCUGAACCCUGUCUCAAAAAAAAAAAAAGACUAUGUUGGGCGUGGUAGUACACACCUAUAAUCCCAGGACUCAGGAGGCUGAGGCAGGAGGACUGCUGUGAGUUUGAGGGUAGUUGAGUUCAAGGCCACCCUGACUACAUAAUAAGACUCUGUUCCAAAAAUCCAAAAAGAAGCCAGCUAGUUGCAUGUAUGUCCAAGGUCACAGGGACUUGGGAGGGUGAGGCAGGAGAAUAGCCCUCAGGAGGCAUUCUGAGCAAUUGAGCAAGACCCCACCCAAAAAUAAAAGAAUAUGCUUGGUUGCUGUUUUUA